GACCCACUCGGCUCUGGGCGUGGCGGCCAUUUUGUUUCGGGCACCGAGCGGGAGGCGGCGGCGGCGGCGGCUGUGGCGGCACAGACGCAAGGCAGGAAAGGGCAGGCCGGGCGAGCAGGCGGGCCGGCCGACCAGACAGCCGCCUGGCUACAACGAGAUAACCUAGCAACCGACCGCUUACACCUCUAACCAUCCGCCCACCAGGUCAACUCAGGUUCGGCCGGCCCCCGGCCCGCGCGCCGCAGCCGUGGUGGCAGCCCCGGGAGGCGCACUGGCGUCCGUUUCCUUCGAUUCUCGGGAUUUGAAGAUGGCUGCACAGUCAGCGCCGAAAGUUGUGCUAAAAAGCACCACCAAGAUGUCUCUAAAUGAGCGCUUUACUAAUAUGCUGAAGAACAAACAGCCGAUGCCAGUGAAUAUUCGGGCUUCGAUGCAGCAACAACAGCAGCUAGCCAGUGCCAGAAACAGAAGACUGGCCCAGCAGAUGGAGAAUAGACCCUCUGUCCAGGCAGCAUUAAAACUUAAGCAGAAGAGCUUAAAGCAGCGCCUGGGUAAGAGUAACAUCCAGGCACGGUUAGGCCGACCCAUAGGGACCCUGGCCAGGGGAGCAAUCGGCGGACGAGGCCUGCCCAUAAUCCAGAGAGGCUUGCCCAGAGGAGGACUUCGAGGGGGACGUGCCACCAGAACCCUGCUGAGGGGCGGGAUGUCGCUCCGAGGUCAAAACCUGCUCCGAGGUGGACGAGCCGUAGCUCCCCGAAUGGGCUUAAGAAGAGGUGGUGUUCGAGGUCGUGGAGGUCCUGGGAGAGGGGGCCUAGGGCGUGGAGCUAUGGGUCGUGGCGGAAUCGGUGGUAGAGGUCGGGGUAUGAUAGGUCGGGGAAGAGGGGGCUUUGGAGGCCGAGGCCGAGGCCGUGGACGAGGGAGAGGUGCCCUCACUCGCCCUGUGCUGACCAAGGAGCAGCUGGACAACCAGUUGGAUGCAUACAUGUCGAAAACAAAAGGACACCUGGAUGCCGAGUUGGAUGCCUAUAUGGCACAGACAGAUCCAGAAACCAAUGAUUGAAACCUGCCCGCCCUCCUGGGAGAGACUCUUGUUCAAAAGUCACCACAUCUGUAAAUAGCCUUGAGAUAACAGAUGGAGAAGAUACCUGAUUGAUGCUGGAAGGACCUAUCACAAUAGGCCGUGGACUUACUUGCCACCAGUUUGUGCAUUUCAGUGUGUUCCUUUUACUUUUUUUGAUACUGUGUUGUAUGAAACCCUUUUUUCCUCUGACUUGGAUUUUGUUUGGUUCUGUUUGGGUUGUUCCUCCAUCCCCAUCACUCUGACUUCUCUUUGAACAUAAAUGUGGUGGCCUUGUGGCUAGAACACUCUCUUCCCUCCUCUGCCUCCCUUCACCUGUCCUGUGCUCUGACGUUCUAACAUUUCAUCUCCGUGUUCCCAUAAAAAAGCCCUAGAAAGAGCCCAUCAGUGUUCCUAAUACCCAGGUUUCUGAAAAACAAUUCUGUUCUACAUCUUUAAAUAGCCUCUUAAAAGUGUUUAGAAAAUCUGGAGCUCAAAAAUGCAUUCUACCACAUUUAUAUUUUAUUGGAGUUAAUUAGGAGCACCGACAUAGCCACAGGGCCACGUAGGUUACACAUGGUAGCACCUCUGAUUUUGAUUAAAGUUACUUCUGUGGGCAUUGACAGCAUUUAACAAGCGUGCUGGGUUGGGUGUGUGCCCUUUCUGCCCUGGAAUUAGGUGUAUAAACUUUCCUCUCAGGUUUGUGUCACGUCCAAAGAGAUACUUCUGGGUUGGCUUACACCUGCAAUGGAGAGGAUUUGAUAGGUGCUUCAGAAAAGGGGAUCAAAUGCUGGCAGAUCCCUUCUGGGAGGCCUCAGAAGGUACCCACGCUGAAAGGCUGUUAUCCUUAAGUUUAUCCCAAACUAGUCUUGGGCUUCUCCGUUCAGUGGCUUUGUUUGACCCUCUCUUUAAUUUCCCUUGAAGGUUUAAUUAAGUUCAACUAUAUUUUGUCAACUGUUGCAGUUUUCAGUGGAUCUUGUAUUUCUGGUUCAUCAUAACAAGAAAUUGUUCUCAAAUCUA